GUGUGUUUCUUUCCCAGGGCACUGUCGACAAUGUACUUGACACAAACCACGCGUAAGUUUGGGAUUCCUGUAUUAUUUGUUAGCGAAGACGUUCUUUGGGUUCGAGUGACAGCGACAGUUUUGUAUCCUUCUACAUCCCUCUCAGUCGCAUCGCUCGCCGUCGCGCGCGCCUCUCUCCAUCCCUCGCGCCUCUCUAUCCCUCGCGCCCCCUCGUCCCCUCGCGCUCUUCUCCCCCCACUCCCCUUGCCGCCUCCAUACCUCCCUACCUCUUCACUUGCCCUUCUUCCGCGCUGUUGAACUCCCGUCACGUAUCCCGCGUCCACUCCCGUCGUGUAUCCCGCACCCACUCCCGCACCCGUCCCGUAGCUCCUCGUCCUUCAGACGUGUCUCGCCCCUCCAAUCCCACCCCGCAUUCUCCAAACACAUCGCACCCCGCGUCCUCCCAGAAUAUCCCGUCCUGCAUCCUCUAAGCAUAUCCCGCCAUGCGUCCUCCAGACAUAUCCAGCCAUGCGUCUUCCAAACAAACCCC